AAUUUAACAAUUUUGUAAGUAGCGAUAUUUCCGUCAAUUGAAUUCAAACAUAUGGAAAGAUCAUUUUGAAAGUAGCUAUGAUCGUAAACUGAAAGACGUUGUACACUUGUAUCCAUUGAUGUAAUCAAUACGUGUAAACGUGUAACUUACAUCAUAUUACGUGAUGUAACUUAAAUUGUUACAGUUAUUUGAUUGUACUCCUUAGAGCCCAACAAACGGGCCUUAAAAUUCAGAAAAGGGAGUAUUGUUGGGUGGAAAAAAAAAAAAGCAACGACUCAAUAUUGCUGCCUACUGUAUGAGGUCGAUUGUAUGCGUCUUUUAGUGCGAUUUGCACUAGCGAUCCUUCUUUGCUUGUUACUUAUUGUCGCAUAUAAAUACUUGAACAUACGUCAACAUGUCAUUUCACAUAGUGAUCCAACGACAGAUACAGAUGAAGUAGUCCGUAUAUUGCUUAUGUCAGAUCACUCGACAUCUAACUGGGAAACAAAUGUAAAUGUCACUUUCAACGUAAUCGUGGUACUAAUUAUUUCACUGCUCAGUAUCGCCUUGCUUAUUACGGGUAUAAUUGUGAUUGCUUUAACAUUGGAUUCAUCAGUAAUCGGUAGUGAAAGCUAUGAUUUGGAUGAAACGACAAUUGAUUUGCGGCAAGAUCAAAUGAUUUGUACACCGCAGUUUUUGUCCUCAGCUGAUCGUUUGCUGCCACAAAUAGGUAUCAUCACAAAUCUGAACAAAUAUUCAGUUUCAUCUGUCAAUGAAAUAUAAUCCUAAAAUACCGCGGUAACUAUUAGUUCGCAUUCAUGUGAUAUGUACAUAUAUUGCUACAUUGUUUUGUGCAACUCUGUUGACAACUAUGACAUUUAAUGUCUCACAUUAAAAUAUUUUUUCAUCGAA